AUGAGCGUUGCUGACCAUAAAAGAAACAUCAUCUCUUAACAGUUUCAUGCCUGUGACAAACAGUGAUUGAAGUUUCUAGAAAAGCAGCUGAAGUUGGCUCCACACAGCACCACCUGCUGGACAGUCCGCAGGUUGCAGGUGUAGUUCGCAGAUAUGGCCACAGGAGGCAGCAGAGCCCCACAGCAGCACCUGAAACACACCACCGUUUACUUCCGGUGUCGGCUGCUGUUCGACAGACGAGGGAAAGUUCAAACAAAAUAUCACCAACUUUUUCAGAAAACACGGAUGUUAUGUCUCAUAAAAUGUCCCAACCGCCGUCUUUAUUAAAUAAAUGGAUCCAGGAAAACAACGAGUUGGUAAACAAGUGGAAGCAGCCAGAAAAAGGACGAGAUACCGUGAGGCAGGACCAUAACCAGCCUCAUUUGAAGUGGUGCUCCUAUGAGUUUCACAAACUUUUAGGGAUAAUACAAGGUAUUCCUCCUAAUUCAGAUUACACACAGUUGGAGCUGGCAGUGGUGUAUAAUGCCGGUGUGUGUGCUACUGCUCAGGCUCAGUUCUCAGAGGCUGAGUUGUUCCUCACACAAGCUGCAGAGAGAGUGCUGCAGGUGACAGGAGGUGAAACUGGUGCUUCAGAUCCUCUUGUCUGCUGGAGAGCAGUUCUGAAAUCAGUGGAGAACACACAUUUGCACCCCUCUGUCUUGUACCUCGUCUGUCUGCAGUGGGCCAUAUGGCUGGCCACGUGCCAGCUGAAAACUAUACAGGAAUUUCAGGAGGAGAUGCCUUCUCUGUUUGAGACACUAUGUGGCGGAGUAGGAGAUGGCGCUAUCAGUGAGGCAAGGUCAAAGUCCUCAAACAUUCCACUAAUGGUGAUGGACCCGAGAAGGCUUAUUGAAUUAUUGCAGAUCUGCACGUCCAUUGCACUAGAGAGGCUGACUGAGGGUCAGAGUUCAGAGGCUCUGACUGGUCUGCAGGCAGCUUCUUCCCUGCCAGCUCCCAGAGCUCUAGUAGGAUACACACACCUCCUCUCAGGCUCCUGCCUCACCCAUAUGAGACGCCCUCAGAUGGCAUUGCAGUGCUACAGAAAGGCACUUGAGACAGACUCCCGUUGUGUGUGUGCUCUCUACCAGAGCAUGCUCAUUUACAGACAGCUGGGAAACACACAGGCUGAGAUACAAGCUCUUCGCUUACUGCACUCAACUUUGAUGCUGCCCUCUGCUACAGAUCCUGCUCUGGCCAGCACCCAUCUCCUCUCUCCGUCCUCACUCCUCUGCAGCCAAUCACUGAGCAGCCUGCUCUCUGUCCCAUCUGCCCUCAGUGUCCUUCACAGUUUGGCCCUCAAGUGUUUGCUCUGUGGCAGAGUGUCAGAGGGUGUUGAACAUUAUCUGGACCUGCUGGCGGUUCUUCACUCAGAAGAUCAACAAGGACUGCACACUCAGGAUGCUACAAUACCAAGGUUACCUGAGCUUUACCUGGAGGCUGGCGCUGCCUUGCUCAUGGCACGGCGGCCUGCAGACUGUUUGGCACUCUGCAGUGAAGUCAUUAGCACCACACUGGAGCUGCUCCCAGAGAAAGUGGUGUUAGAAGAGCCGGAGGAAAGAAGAGAAGCCGAGACCAGGGACACGGAGGGUGAAAAUAGGGUGGCAAUGGUGCUCUGGACCGCAGCUGCCUACCUCCUCCAGGGUCACUGCCAUUCUCACCUGAAGGACUGGAAACAAGCUGUGACUCACUACACAAGGUGUAUUAACCUGCUGGUGAAGGUGCGCUUAAAGAAGAGAGAUUUCCAACCACAGUUCUCCAGUGCAGACAUGGAUGUCCAACGAGGAAAAGACCUGUGUGUCCUUCAGAAGCUGAAGGGGCUUUCACUAGCUGGCAGGGGCAUCAGCUUCACCCAGACUGACAAGCUAAAAGAGGCACUGAGAGACCUACAGCUCAGCCUACAGGCCUUUCCAGGAAUCUUCCUGUGUACCUACAGGAACCUCAGUCUGGCCCUUUGUUGGACUCAGCAGAGCUCCGCCACAGAAUACAGGAACUUGGUCCUACCUAGUCAACCUGGAGACAAAAAGAGAAUGCCCUGUCACUUAAUGAACCGGAUCAACUUUCUCCACCCUGUGAAACGUAAUCCACUCUCACAACAAACAUGGAUCAACAGGGAGAGUAAACUAGAGCAUGUUUUAAGAGUUCACAGUGUUUGAAACUGAGAAUAGACACAGGGCUGGUGGUACACCUGACGUGGUUUAUGCAUGAAACGAUGAAAGACUAUGGAACGUACUGCAUGGGGGUCUGAACUGAGUUGUAGGAAAGGAAAUUGUUUAUGUUAGCCAUUCAAGACUAAUGAAGACUGUUGGUUUAAUAUUUUUACAAUAAUAUCAAGCACAGUGCUUACUACUUCAGAAAAUACAAUAAAUUGUGUUGCUGCUUUAAAA